AUGCCCCUCGCCGAUUACCUCCCCGACUCUUGGACCGCGGAUUCCGACAUCAUGGGCUUCUUCUCGGGUCUCGUCACCCAUAUCGCUCCGGCAUUCAUCGUCUCCUCUCCGAUUACCUCCUAUGCCGAUCAAAUCUACUCCAUCCACCGGACGCGCUCGUCCGCCGGCUUCUCGCUGGACAUACCUCUGAUCAUGCUGGUGGCGUCUAUAUUGAAGAUCUUCUUCUGGUUUGGCGAUCACUUCGCGUUGUCGCUCCUCUUCCAAGCCAUCCUCAUGAUCUUCAUGCAAGUUCUUCUCCUGCACGUCGCCUUGACGCACCGCCCGCCGCCCGCUGCUCAACACACACCGUUCGCGGCGCAUCCGAAGCCGCGCCCAUACAACUUCUGGCAGUGGCGCCCGCACCGGCCUUACUGGAACUUCCUGCUCUAUUUUACGGGCACCCUCAUCGUCCUCCACUUCCUGCUCAGCAACAGCUCGCUGUUCACGGGUUACACGACGGUGCUCGGGUACAUCGCGUUGGCGAUCGAGGCCUGCCUGCCGAUGCCGCAGAUCCUGGCGAACCAGCGCGCGAAGAGCACCAAGGGCUUCAGGCCUAGCGUGCUGUUGAACUGGUUGAUCGGUGACACAUUCAAGCUGACAUUUUUCUUCCUGAGCGCGGAAGGCGAGGUUCCAUGGGCAUUCAAGCUUUGUGGCAUGUUCCAGGCAUGCUGUGAUGCGUAUCUGGGCGUACAAUGGUGGAUGUUUGGUAAUGGUCCGAAAGAUCAUGAGAAAACCGACGGUAUUCCUUUGUAG